AUGACGGUUGCAUCAUGCACCAAGAAAUGUGCCGAUGCCGGUUUCGAAAUCGCCGCCAUGGAGUAUAGCUACCAAUGUUUCUGCGAUAACUUUGUCAGGAUGGGAGGCGCACCCGCUCAGUCCGAGUCUGAAUGCAACACCAAAUGCGCCGGAAACCAAGACGAGACAUGCGGAGGUCCCAACAGGAUGAGCAUCUAUUCCACCCAGAAUCCCCUCAAGGUCUAUCAACCGCCAAAGCCCGUAGAGACUGUGGGUGGCUGGAAGUACCAAGGCUGCAUCACUGAUGUCGGUGGCCAAGUUUUCCCAUGGAAGUCUGUCAACGAGACUGGUAACUCACCAGAGUGGUGUCUUAGCAAGUGUCAAGAAUUCGGCUUCAUGCAUGCUGGAUUAGAGUAUGGCCAAGAAUGCUUCUGUGGUGAUUUGGAUGGCAUCGAGAAAGCCGGUUCCAAGCCCGCCCCUGAGUCCGAAUGUAACAUGUCAUGCCCCGGUGCACCUGAGGCAAUCUGUGGCCAGGGUAACCGUCUGUCCCAUUACAAGUGGGAGGGAGCUGAUCCCCUGUAUGUGUGGAACUACCCCACAGGCAACGCAGCUGGGCGUUAUGAGUUCUUGGUCGGUGGUCCCAUUAUUCCAUUGAUUUCGCAGCCCGCGGUCAACGGCAAGAUUUCUCUCCUCGAGAAGUACGGAACUGGAGAGCCCAACUCAACCGGCGCUUACGAGCUUGACCCUUCAAUUGGAGGUGACAUCUUCCACGCCUUCCGCGAGUUGACCGGUAUCAAGACCGAUAUCUUUUGCGCUGCUGGUUUGACUCUGCCUGACCGUGCUGGUCGCCAGAUUAACAUUGGUGGCUGGUCAACUGAUUCCUUGUUCGGUGUACGCAUGUACACACCAGACGGCAAGCUUGGCGUCAACGGUACCAACAACUGGCAGGAGGAUGUGAACACUGUGAAGCUGCAACAAGGCCGCUGGUAUCCUACCGGUCUCCUUAUGGCUAACGGUUCAAUGCUUAUCGUCGGUGGCCAGGACGGCUCCAACGGUCCCCCCGUGCCAAACAUGGAGAUCCUUCCCAAGGCUGGAGCAGUCAAGCACGCACAGUACUUGCAAGACACUGACCCAUACAACCUGUACCCCUUCCUUGUCGUACUUCCAUCCGGUGGUAUCUUCAUCCAGUACUACAAUGAAGCCCGUAUCCUGGACGAGGUCACUCUCGACACCAAGACCAUUCUGCCAAAGGUUCCUGCUGCUGUCACCGACCCUACAGGAGGCCGAACCUACCCAUACGAGGGUACUCAGGUUCUUCUUCCUCAGUACUACCCUUACAGUGAUCCUCUUGAGGUUCUCAUCUGCGGUGGCGCAGCGAAGAACCCGCGCUAUGGACUUGACAACUGCGUCAGCAUGGCACCAGAUGUUGCCCAACCCAAGUGGACAAUUGAGCGUAUGCCAUCCCGUCGUGUUAUGUCCUGCAUGGCAUCUCUCCCAGAUGGCACUUUCUUGAUCCUGAACGGAGCCGAGAUUGGUGAAGCUGGUUUUGGUCUCGCCGAAAAGCCCAACCUGAACGCCAUCUUGUAUGACUCCAGGAAGCCCAAGCAUCAACGCAUGAGCAUCAUGGCCAACACCACUAUUGCACGCAUGUACCACUCAGAGGCUGUAGUAAUGGACGACGGAAGAGUACUUGUGUCUGGCUCAGACCCGCAGGACAACGUGAACCCCCAGGAGCAUCGAUUGGAGGUCUUCCUUCCCCCAUACCUCCUCUCUGGAAUCCCCCAGCCAACCUUCGAUCUUCCUCAGAACGACUGGAACUGGGAGGCCGACUACUCUUUCACCGUCACAUCUAGUGCAGGUGGACCCAUCAAGGUGUCGCUCAUGGGAGCUGAGUCCAGCACGCACGGUAGCUCCAUGGGUGCACGUAUUCUCUUCCCUCAAGUUACAUGCUCAGGAAACGCUUGCUCCGUCAAGGCGCCCAAGGGACCAUAUAUUGCACCACUCGGCUGGUAUCGUAUGUUCGUCCUUGCGGGCGACAUUCCUUCCCACGCCAAAUGGAUUCGACUCGGUGGUGACCCUGCCGGGCUAGGAAACUGGCCUGAUUUCCCUGCUUUCAGGCCAUUGCCCGGUGUGGGACCCGUUGGUGCAGCCAACGCUCCUACGACCAGGUCGGAGCCCGUUGUGGCUCGCAGCUUCCGUGGUUGA